UUUUUGCCCUCAAUCAAAGCAAAGCUGAUUAUUCUUUCCCAAACAAAGAAAACCUCUUCUCUCCCCAGUUUCUCUUCUUUCUGAUCGCCAUCACCAAAAGCUACCCACUUUGUAGGACUCAAGCCCUGAGCUUUCUUUUGCUUCUGAAUCUUAUUUGGAUCCCUCUCUCUGUCCAUGUAAGCACUUCUCAUCUGUUUCCUUCUCUCCAUGUCAUCUUAAACUCAGUUUAUGCCAAACUUGGUUCAGUUGAAACUUCUAUGAGACUUUAAACAGUACCAAGUUGUUUGCUUUUAUUGCUUCUAUUGAAGUUUUGGGUAUCAGUUAGAUCUGGGUUAGGCUGGGGAAAGAGACUGGCUUUCCAUUAAUGGGCCUUUGACGAAAGAGAAAUCUAACUCCUAGGUGUUUGAACUCGUUUAGACGUUACAUAAGUUCCAUUGCUUGAAAGGUACUUUCACUCCUUCUUCAUCUGGGCUUGUUCAUUUUCAACCAACACAUGCCUAUAUAGCGGCCCUAGCUAUUGAUAUUCAAAGUUUUGAAAUUUAUGCAAUUUGCUUGAUACCCAUUUUUUUAGUACUGAAAAUUACGAAGACCCUGCUUUGAUGUUAUCGGUUUACUUAUUGAAAAGGCGUUUCUGCCCCUUUUUAGCUCUGUAAUCUUCAGAAUAUUGGUGGGUUUUGCUUUGGUAAUCAACCUUUCUGGGUUUAUGAGGUGAUAGAUACAUUGUUUGAGGUUUUGGGUUUCUAAACCAGAUAUCAGUUGGUUAAGGAAUCACUAAAUGAGUAUGAGGAAGUAUGUGAAUCACCAUUCUGGAAGGGUUUUCGGUGAUAGGGUUUGGGUCCUUCCAUUCAUUGCUAGCUUUGUCAUAUUCAUUACCCUCUUUUUCUCAGUCAUUUCUGGGCUGUUUACUUUGCCGCAUGGUAAAGAACAGUUGCCAACCGACAUUGGUUCCUUUUUGAAAUCUGAUGACUCAACUGGGUAUUUUGUUGAGUCUGAUUUGAAAAGAUCAUUGGAACAGAAUAGACGUUCGAGAACAGGAGCACCUAGAUUGGCGUAUCUUAUAUCAGGUACAAAGGGGGAUAGUCAUAGAAUGAUGAGGACUUUGAGUGCUGUAUAUCAUCCAAGAAAUCAAUAUGUUCUGCAUUUGGAUCUCGAGGCUCCUCCUCGUGAAAGAUUGGAACUUGCAAGUUUGGUUAAGGCUGAUCCUACAUUUAGUGAAGUGGAGAAUGUGCGUGUUAUGGCUCAAUCCAAUUUGGUGACGUAUAAGGGCCCUACUAUGAUUGCUUGUACCCUGCAAGCGAUUUCCAUUUUGUUAAAGGAGAGCUCAGAGUGGGAUUGGUUUAUAAACCUCAGUGCGUCUGAUUAUCCUCUCAUGACACAAGAUGAUUUGCUUCAUUCCUUCUCUAAUUUGUCUAGAGAUAUCAACUUCAUCGAAAAUAUGCAGAUUACUGGUUGGAAACUGAAUCAAAGAGCAAAACCAAUCAUAAUUGAUCCAGGCCUGUAUUUAUCAAAAAAAUCUGAUCUUGCAUGGACCACUCAGCGUCGUUCACUUCCUACAUCAUUCAAGUUGUUCACAGGUUCAGCAUGGGUAAUGCUAACGCGGCCCUUCGUUGAGUACUGUAUAUGGGGAUGGGAUAACCUCCCUCGUACGAUCCUUAUGUACUAUACGAAUUUUGUUUCUUCUCCAGAAGGCUAUUUUCAUACUGUGAUUUGUAACAAUGAGGAAUAUCGCCACACUGCGAUAAGCCAUGAUCUCCACUACAUUGCUUGGGACAGCCCUCCGAAGCAGCAUCCAGUCUCAUUGUCAAUGAAGGACUUUGAUAAAAUGGUAAAGAGCAAUGCUCCUUUUGCACGAAAAUUUGCAAAGAAUGACCCAGUCUUGGAUAAAAUAGAUAAAGAACUUCUAGGUCGAACAAGCCGGUUUUCUCCCGGAGCAUGGUGUAUAGGUAGCUCAGAAGGCGGGGCUGACCCGUGUUCUAUACGUGGUAAUGAUUCAAUUUUUAGGCCAGGUCCUGGUGCUGAGAGGUUUCAAGUGUUGCUUCAGACAUUGUUGUCUGAAGACUUUAGGAAAAAGCAAUGUUCAUGACAGAGGUCAGAAUUGGAAAAUCAGUGUACAUUACUGUAUCAAUAGAUCAAAAGGCGGAUGUAAAAUGGCGAAUUUUGUUUUAGAUUAUAUUAACAGAAUAUGCAACUUCACACUUCACA